GUCCUUAUUUACAGAAAAAUUCAUAGUUAUCAUCAACAAAUGUAGUAAAGAACUUGAACGCAUAAAGAAAAAAAAAAUGCAUAUGUCUCUACUGCCGUAUCUGUUCGCUUAUGCUGCAAUAAACAAUUAAUGAUCGAUCUAUGGAAGACUUUAAAGAAAUCGAAAAUUACAAUAUUACAGUUUUUGAAAACUGCAGCUUCUUAUCAGAUGGAUCAUUAUCGUGACAUACUCCACCAUGCAGAAGCCAUGCAAGAUGAACAACUGGAUAUUUACCCCCAAUUACCGGAUGAAGUUGACGCAGAAGUUCAUGAUAAUGAUGAUCAAGAAGGAAUCGAAAAUGUUGAGUUUGCUGAUUAUAAUAUUGAAAAUGAAGUUGUUGAAAAUGAAGAUGAAGAUAUGGAGGAGACGGGAGAUGAUGAAAUCCCUCAGGACAAGUGUCAAAUAUGCAUCAAGGGACCGCGAGAAAUUAUUGUCCACCCGUGCUGCCACUACCGUAUGUGCCAAGUCUGCUCAAAAAAAGUGCAGAAAACAGCUCAAGAGAAACGUCUCCCGUUAAAAUGUCCAUUUUGCAAUGAGCUGGCUCAAAUGUUUUGUCGUGUUUUCUGAAAUUUAAUUACUUCUUAAAUCAUUUGAUUUUUUAAACUAUUAUUUAAAACAUUUUAAUUUUUUGAACUAUUCUUUACUAAACUUUGAUACGCAUACUAUUUGAAUAACUGAAUAAAAAGACAGCUUAAUUUCAUUAAUAUUUAUUUUCAUUAAAUCGUCAUUAUAAUUUUGUGAACACUAAUUUACUUAUAUACAAUAACAUUGAUUAAGUCGUAGAGGUAUAUAUACAGUACACUAUUGCAUAACAUUACGAAGUCAUUAUAAUCGUAGAUAAUGCCACUAAAAUAACGAAACUCAGUCAAUUGAAGAUUUAUUGUCUUAAUUACCAUAGAAAAUUAAUAUUCCUAUUAUCUACAGAUACAUUAAGUAUUGAAAACUCUAAGAAACUUAUAAAAUAUGCCUAAUAUGUAUCUAAAAUUAAGUUUCAUUAGUUGCAGUGCCAGGUAAUAAUUACAUUGUUUUCAAUAAUGAUGCAGCAAAUCAGUUGGACUACAUAAUAUAUGAACAACCGAAUGAAUAAUUCAUUAACAAUGUAACGAAUCAAAUAAUCU